GGAGGAGUGAAGUAGAAGAAGUGCAGCCCACAUGGAAGUUGAGCAGUCAGUGAUAAGAUAAAAAAGGAGCAGAAGAACAUUUCUACUGCAACACUCAUGACUUGAACACAAGUAUUGAUGAUGAAGUAUUGAUGGAGGCGAUGCAUCAGGGUGAGGUGGUCCAGAGAGCCAAGGAGGUGUUCAUGAGUGGCAGAAGUCGUCCUCUCCACUUCAGACUGAAACAACUUCAGGCGCUGCAGAAGAUGCUGAAGGAGCGAGAAGACGAGAUCUUGGCGGCUCUCAAGCAGGACAUCCACAGGAGCCAGUACGACUCAGCACUCCUGGAGAUGAUUGGAAUAGACAACGAGAUCCGCCUGGCCAUGGACAAACUGGAAGAGUGGACCUCACCUAGACCUGUGGAGAAGAACCUUCUCACCGUGUCUGACCAGGCCUACAUCCACCUGGAACCUCUGGGCCUGGUCCUCAUCAUUGGUGCCUGGAACUAUCCAUGGGCCCUCACUCUCAUCCCCCUGGUGGGAGCCAUUGCUGCAGGUAACGCAGCAGUGGUAAAGCCGUCUGAGAUCAGUGCUUGUUCGUCUCUGCUCCUUCAAACUCUUCUUCCUCUCUACCUGGACAAGGAGAUGUAUCCAGUGGUGACAGGAGGUGUGUCAGAGAGCCAAGAACUGUUGCAGCAGAGGUUUGAUCACAUCUUCUACACAGGAAGUAGUCGUGUAGGCAAAGUGGUGAUGCAAGCGGCUGCUCGUCAUCUCACUCCCGUCACUCUGGAGCUGGGAGGAAAGAGUCCGUGUUUCAUCCACAACAAAUGUCACCUCAGAGUGGCCUGCCGUCGCAUCACGUGGGGAAAGUUUGUGAACUGUGGUCAGACGUGCAUCGCUCCAGACUACAUCCUCUGUGAACCUCAUCUGCAAACUCCUGUGGUGGAAUGCAUCCGACAGACUUUACUGGAGUUCUACGGUCCAGAUCCCAAGUCGUCCCCGGACUACGGUCGCCUGGUGAACCAGGAGCACUACACCAGGGUGCUGGGUCUGAUGGAAGGUUACGCUCCAGUUCUCGGGGGGCAGACGGACGCCUCGGAGUGUUACAUCGCUCCCACGGUCCUGAAGGAUGUUCCUCCUCACUCCAGGCUGAUGCAGGAGGAGAUCUUUGGUCCUCUGCUGCCCAUCGUGACCGUGAGCGGCGUGGAAGAAGCCAUCAGCUUCAUCAACGAGAGAGAGAAACCUUUGGCCCUCUACAUCUUCUCCUCAGACAAGAAGACCAUUAAGAAGAUGAUUGAAGAGACAACAAGUGGAGGAGUGACAGUGAAUGAUGUCAUGAUGCACUACACACUCAACUCUCUGCCCUUUGGGGGUGUUGGUCAGAGCGGGAUGGGCUCCUAUCAUGGCCGACACACCUUUGAUCGUCUGAGUCAUCAUCGAGCGUGUUUAGUGCGCUCGCUGGCCAUGGAGAGCAUCAACUUGUCUCGUUACCCACCUCAGGAUAGCCAGCGAGCAAGCAGAGCUCGCUUGGCUCUCAAGUCGCCUUUGAUUGACUUGUCCAAGAAAACGUACGUGUGGGCUGUGAGUGCCACCAUCCUUGCUGUGGGACUGCUCGUCACUCUACUCGUCAUCCUGCUCAUUGCUGCUGGACUCAACUGUACCUGCUGGUACUGGAGGGGCUUCUACAACUAACUCACUCACUACAUACAUACAUACAUACAUACAUACAUACAUACAUACAUACAUAC